AUGAACGCCUGUUUGUGGGUACUCCCUGAUAAACCCCCGAUAACCCCCAAGGGGACAGUGCCAGAUGACAAGCACCAGGACCUGGGGCUAUUUGGCACUAUCAGCUUUGGAGAAAAUCAAACAAAAAACAAGGAUAGUGGGAAAGCUCCCGGAGACGAACCGCCGGAAUAUCCGCCUGAACCACCAGAUGAGCCGCCGGAAAUAUCCGAUCCGCUGGAUGAACCGCCGAAGUCGAAUGAUCCAGAAGAUCCCUCGGCGUAUCCUCCAGAACCGCCAGGAGAACCGCUAGAAUACCCGUUUGAUGACCCGCUAGAGUAUUCUGAACCACUAGAUGAAUCGCUAAAAUCAAUGACCCGGAGUCACCGGAAUGAACCACUGUUGUAUCCUGAACCGCCAGACGAACCGCCGGAGUAUCCUCCUGAACCGCCAGACGAACCACCGAAGUACCCUCCUGAACCACCAGAUGAACCGCUAGAAUAUCCUCCUGAACCGCCAGAAUAUCCUCCUGAACGCCAGAUGAACCGCCAGAAUAUCCUCCUGAACCGCCGGAGUAUCCUCCUGAACCACCAGAUGAACCGCUAG